AUGGAGAAUAUUAUAGAAGAGGCAAUCUCAGAACCUGUCAGCCCAACAGGACAAUUUUUGAGCAGCUCUGUUUUAUCACUCUGUGUAAUUGGUGUUUUGGAAUCUGAAGUGCCAAUUGAUGACUCUCAAACUAUGCCUUUGCUCAAGACCGUCUUCCUCCCUAUCAACCCACGUUUCUCCUCCAUCAUGGUUACAAAUGAAGAUGGAGAAAAGAGAUGGAAAAGGGUUGAAGUGAGGCUCGAAGACCACAUAAAUGUUCCGAUUUUCGCCUCCGGAAUGUCACCGGAAUUUUACGACGAAUGCCUUGAUGAUUAUCUAUCAAAGAUUGCAAUGGAAAAUUUUCCAGAGAGCAGACCAAAGUGGGAAAUUCAUAUAAUAAAAUACCCCACAAGUCAUGCAGCUGGUAACGUGAUAUUUAAGCUCCAUCACUCACUUGGUGAUGGUUUCUCUCUAAUGGGAGCUCUUCUUUCUUGUUUACAAAGAGCUGAUAACCCUUCUCUUCCCUUGACAUUUCCUUCUAUUCAAUUGCAUACCAAAAAGGAUGGCAAAAAAUUUAGCAUGUGCAGGAUUGUGCCGAAAUUUUUCUCUUCAGUUCUCUACACUGUUUCAGAUUUUUUUUCAAGCAUUACAACGAGUUGCUUGAUUGAGGAUGACAAAACACCAAUCCGAUCCUCGCAAUCUGGAGUAGAGUUUCUGCCUGUUUCUAUAGCAACAAUGACUUUCUCUCUUGAUGAUAUUAAGCAAAUCAAGAGCAAGCUUGGAGUGAUGGUUACAAUAUCAUCUGUACAGAUAUUUAAUACACAAAUAAGACAUAAUCACAGGACAAAAGAUGGUUUUUGUCUUGGAGUUGAUGUCAGAAUUUUUGUCUCGUCACCUCCUGUGAGACCCCUCCUACCUACACUAAAUGAUGUAAUUACUGGGACAAUCUUCUUGGGAACUCGAUUGUACAUGGAAGCAUUGAGCCCAGGAUCCGGUAAAGCAAGCACUACAUCGUUGGUGCUGCUAAACACAAGGAUGUUUGUAGGCUACAAGUCAAUCCAAGAAAUGGUGAAACCUAACGCUGAGUUGCCAUGGGGCAACCAUUUUGCAUUCUUGAAUGUAUCUAUUCCCAAGUUAACAGAUGCUGAGGCUAAAAAUCCUCUCCAAUUUGUACUCAAAGCAAGGCAAAUUAUCAAGAGGAAGAGGAUGAGCUCUUUUGCUGUUUACCUCACCGCUAAGUACCUUCAACUUGUUAAGAAAAUCAAAGGUCCAAAGGGAGCAUCAAAAUACAUCUAUGGCACAAUGAAGAACACAAGCAUGGGGAUCACAAAUGUCAUGGGACCAAUUGAACAGAUGGCCCUAGCUAAUCAUCCUGUUAAAGGACUAUACUUUGUGGUCACAGGAGCACCUCAGACGGUUCGAACCCUUUCUCCCAGCCGAAAAAACUCCCUCGUCGCUCCAUCAGAUCGGUGCGGGUCUCUCGGACCCAAAAAGCCCACCGGGUCCGAAACCGGAUUAACUGAAAUCCGACCCGCACCACGUCGCUUUCUUGUACGAGUCAAAGAGCUUGUUUUUGGUCAAGGCAUGGCUCCUUCUCCUGCACCAGAAGCUCCAUCCAAUGAUGGUAAGGCAAUCGAUCAAGGAAUUGCUUACGCCCUUCUCCUAUUGGCUCUUGCAAUCACAUAUCUUAUACCAGAUUGA